AUGAAUUUUCUCAAUAGUGGUAUAUUGGAAGACAUCAUUGGAAAAAUAGUUGGUGUUAGACCACUAGGAAAUGUUCAUGUUCAAGGAUCUACUGUCCCAAUGAGAAAUAUAGAUAUCAUGAAUCCAGGAGAAAUCAAAAUAAGAAUUACUCUCUGGGGACCAACAUCAAAUGAAAUUGAGGACAAUUUUUACACCAACAAUCCAGGAUCCUUUGUCAUAAUAGUGACAUCUACUAUUGUGAAAACAUUUAGAGGGGAACACUAUUUGUCAUCUACAAGUGCAACAAAAGUGUACAUCAAUUUAGAAAUACCUGAAACGACAACAUUGAUUGAUAGAAAUGUGGAAAAGACUGAAAUUGAAGGCAUUCCUCUACAAUUCAAGCAACAAAUAUCAGUUGAAAAAAGAAUCACACAAAAUAGAAGAACAAUCAAGCAAAUGACAUCCUUGGAAUGGACGUCAAAUGAUCAGGAAAAUGUCUUCACAUGCCUUGCAACAAUUGAAAAUAUUGAAAAUAACUUUGGAUGGUACUAUAUCGGAUGUGCAAAGUGCAACAAAAAAGUUAAAUCUGAAAAUGAUUUUUGGUGCAGCCAUUGCAAAAGUAACUCUAAUUUUCCAAUUCCAAGGUAUAAAAUUCAACUCAACGUUGAUGAUGGAACAGAGUGUGCUGUAUUUAUUUUGUUUGACAAGGAAGCUGAAAAAUUCCUUCACACAACAGCAAGAGAACUAUCAAACAAAUAUGCAAUUAUGAAUGCAAAUUCCACCCUACCAAAUGAAAUAGAGAAGCUCAUUGGAAAAACAUUUGUGUUCCAACUAAAGCUUAACGACUAUAAUUGGAAGAAAGGAUGGGAAUUAUAUACAACUGAAAAGGUGUUUGACAACAUUUCAAAUGACAAAACGGCAAUGAAACUUGAUCAUAUUACAACAGAAGCAUUGGAGAAUUAUGAAGUCAAGAAAAACGCAGUCCAAACUUCUGAGAAAAACAAAUUUGAAGUUCUUGAUACAAAACCAUUAACAAGCACAAAUAAUGAUGAAAAAAGAUCAAAACAUGAACACAAUAAUGGUGCCAUACCAUCAAUGAGUUCUACCUCUAAUGUUGAAGAUGCUGAACCAAGUGACGAUUACAUGUUCCUUCGAGAUCUAAUCAAUUGUCGAAAAGCUACAAAACACAAGUCGUCAAAAAAGAAGAAGCUUCAAAGAUGCAAAUGA